AUGUCGCACAACACCGCCCUAGACAGUGCCAUCCCUGCGCCCCCAACCGUGCUCGACUCUUCUGUCGUUGAGACGGGCUCCAAGUGGAUAGAAUUCCGUCGUGAUACGAUCCGAGACGCCCAGGGCAGGGAAUUUGCGUGGGAUUACAUCCACCGCGCGACCAAGUUCCGGGAGACAGACGGUGUGUGCGUCUUUGCCAAGGUGACCGGCAAGGCGUUCGCAGAGCCCCACGUGCUGCUGAUUGCCCAGUGGCGCCCGCCCGCGCGUCGCUUCGUCGUCGAGCUCCCGGCUGGCAUCAUCUCGCCCGGCGAGACUGUGGAGGGCGUGGCGCUGCGUGAACUGAAAGAGGAGACAGGGUACGCGGGCCGCGUCGUGUCGGCGUCGCCAGAGGUGUUCAACGACCAGGGCACCAGCACCAGCUGCCUGAACCUCGUUGUGGCCGAGGUUGACGCCGACGCGCCCGAGAACCAGCGCCCCGAGACAGAGCACGAGGUUGGCGAGACGAUCGCGACGCUGCUGGUGCCCAUCAAAGGCCUGGUGCAGCGGCUGGAGGCGUUCAAGGCCGACAGGGGCUGGGGCAUCUGCUCUCGCCUGUACAGCCUCGCGCUCGGCCUGCAGCUCGGCGGCGGCGCCCUCUGA